AUGUCAGAACAACCUGCUAGAUUCGGCCUUGAGAACCAGGUCAAAAGAAACCCUCAUGGUGACUUCAAUAAGGUCGAGCUGGAGAGACCUUCCUUUGAGCACGACAAAGUGUGGAAAUACACCCAGAUUCCUGAUGUCAAGUGGAAAGUCGGGUCUGGUGCCAACUCGGAUGAGUGGAAGAAUCAUAAGAAGAUCACAAUUGACCCAUAUGGAGAAGGAAGAUCCCCUGUUGACAACUACAAGACAUUGAUCUCGGCCAUUGUACCUAGACCAAUUGGAUUUGUUUCGAGUAUUAGCAAGGACGGCAAGCGUAACUUGGCGCCAUUUUCUUACUUUACUAUGGUCAACCAUGACCCUCCAAUUUUCACAUUAGGAUUUUCUGGAGGAAAGGGCCAGCCAAAGGAUACUUGCAGAAAUAUCUUGGAAACUGAGGAAUUGACCAUCAAUAUCAUUAGCGAGUGGUUUGUAGAGGCUGCCAAUUUCUGCUCUACCAACGCACCUCACGGAGUUGACGAGUGGAAGUUGAGUGGAUUGACGCCGUUGGAGUCUGAGAAGGUCAAACCUCAGCAUGUUGCCGAGAGUGCUUUCAGUGUGGAAGCCAAGUUGGUGCACUCGCACGAAUGGAAGUCCAAGAGCGAUCCAUCGAGGGCAACAGGAGUGUUGUGCAUUGUUGAGGGUGUCAAUUUCCAUGUCAGAGAGGACGUGAUCAACGAAGCCCACAACAACUUGGAUAUCAGUAAGUUAAAGCCGGUUUCGCGGUUGGGUGGUAUUACCUACGCACGUACGGUUGAUGGCUACGAGAAGUUGCGUCCUGAUUUCGAUAAGGAAGUGGUCGCUAAGGAGGAGGUGAGUGCGUUGUUGGAAUAG